UAUGUAUAAUAGUGUCAGACAGUACAAAGCAACGCACAGAAAUAAACAUGUUUAGGUUGGAUACAUUCACGUUGUGCUUAGCACUACAUACAAUCGUUAGUAAUGAGGCAGCCAGAAUAUUGGCUAUAUUCCCAACGCCGUCUAUUAGUCAUCAAAUUGUGUUCCGGCCUAUAACACAUGAAUUGGCGAAGCGAGGUCACAACGUGACAGUUUUAACUACUGAUCCUGCGUUCCCGCAUGGAGAAGCUCCAGAAAACUUGACAGAAAUUGAUCUACAUGAUCUGUCGUACGAGACAUGGCAACAAUUUCUGGAAACCAACAAAGGAAAAAAGGAAGAUUUACUAGAACAAGCAAUAAAGUUAUUCGACGUAUUGACUGAGAUAUUUGAAAAACAAAUGACCACACCUGAAGUGAAGCAUAUUCUGAAUCAAUCGGAAGACGCAUAUGAUUUGCUCCUUAUAGAAGCCUUUGUUAGACCAGCGUUAAGUUUGACUCAUAAAUUUAAGGCACCAGCAAUUGUUAUUAGUUCAUUUGGACCAAUGAUUGAUACCUAUGAAGCUGUAGGUGCUAGUACGCAUUUCUUUCUUUUUCCAUCAGUAGGUCGUCAAAAACUAUAUAACUUGACUCUUUGGGAUAAAGCAAUGGAACUUUUUAAUCAUUUGGUGUUGGUGUACGUGUAUGAAGAACACGAAAAAAUGGAGAAUGAAGCUAUAAGAAGAAUUUUCGGACAGGAUACACCGUCUGUGACAGCGUUAAGUAAUAAUAUUGAUAUGGUAUUUAUUAAUAUCCAUCCGAUUUUAGAAGGAAAUGUGCCAGUGCCUCAAAGUGUCGUUUAUAUUUGGGGGAUACACGAGAAACCACAAAAGGAACUUCCAAAGGACUUGAAAAGGUACUUAGAUUCUUCAAAGCACGGCGUGAUAUACAUGAGUUUCGGCACAAACACGGAUCCCACCCAAUUGCCCCCGGAAAAAAUGCAAAUGUUUGUUAAAGCCUUCUCUAAAAUGCCUUAUGAUGUUCUUUGGAAAUGGAAUGGAGAUGAACUCCCUGGAAAGUCUGACAAUAUCAAGAUAGGGAAAUGGUUCCCUCAAUCUGAUUUACUCAGACACCCAAAAGUGAAACUUUUUAUUACACAAGGUGGUAUACAAUCUACUGGAGAAGCUAUUACAGCUCAUGUGCCAAUGAUAGGCGUACCAAUGCUUGGUGACCAAUGGUACAAUGUGGAAAAAUACAUAGUUCACGGUAUCGGUAAGAAACUGGACUGGGAAACUUUAUCCGUGAAACAAAUCAGAGAUGCUAUUGAAGGCAUGAUUGAGGAUGAGAGUUACCGUCGCAACAUAGAAAAACUAGACGUCUUAAUUCGAGACAGUCCCCAAACACCUCUUGAAAGAGCAGUAUGGUGGUCUGAAUACGUCCUCAGACAUGGUGAAGCUAAGCAUUAUCGUUCUCCGGCGGCUAAUAUAUCCUGGGCUGAAUAUUUAGAACUAGAAUUAAUGUUACUCAUACUUUCAAUAGCUUUUGUUGCUCUAGCGUUAGUUUUGUUAGUUUUGUAUUACGUGUAUACAUAUGUUUCGUAUUACUUGCUUGGCAAUAUAAAGUUGAAGAUACAUUAAUGUUAGAAGCUAGAGCGUAGAAUGGAAAACAUUUUAUUAAUAGUAUUUCAAAUGUAUAUAAUUUUCUUAAUACAUUAUUUAUGGCGCCUAAUUAGUGAUGACACAUAGUGGAACUCAGAGGAAGCUCCACCAGCAAGCAAGUAUGGCAAACUCGGUCUAUAACGGUCACAAGAGUAUACGAUAUUUUAUUUUAAAAUAACACCGUUCAUACUGCCGCGCAUUACAUACACCUUAUUAUGACAAGAAAAUAAAAAAUAGAGAGAGAAAGUGAUAAGAGGCUGAUCUAUAACG